UGCAUGUUUCUUGAGCCGAGUCAGAGGUUGUGUUGCUGCUGUAGUAGUUGAGCUUUCAGAAAGUCAGUGUGGGAUGACGAUGACCGUCAGAAGGACACAUGUGAGAGGAGAAACACUGUCAUUCAUGUUCGUGUUUUCCGGACGUCUCCAGUAAAUAAGACCCACAUUUUCCUGCUGCUGAAUCCCUCCGCGGCCGCAUCUCAACCUUCAUAGAUGAAGCUAAUGGGAAGCUAGCACCCAAUAGCUUAGCAGCGCAAUUGGCUAGACUAUCCAGAGAUCGAGCCUCGUCCUGCUCAGACAGACUCCAGCCUCCGGGGCCUGAUGAGCACCGGCCCGUUCCAGGGCCUCGUCCAGACCGCCAUGCCUCGCUUCUUCUGCUUUCUGCUCCCCAGGGUGGAUGCAGCUGAUGUGGCUGCUGGGCAGACGCCCCCCUCCUCCUCUUCUUCCUCCUCCUCCUCUUCCUCCUCCUCCUCCUCUUCCUCCUCUUCCUCCUCCUCCUCCACUAGUCCUGCAGCCGGUUUUCUGCCAAAGAUCAUCGGCAAGCCAGAAUUUCCAGAUACGGGAUGGCAGCGCAUCAGGGACCUCUUUGAUCGAGAUGAGAGGCAGAGACCCCCAGAGGAGGUGAUCACCGUGAUGAAGUGCGGCAUUCUGGGAGCGUUCACCGGCUUCCUGUACGGCGGCCUGCCAGCCGCGCGCCUCGCCAGGCAGCGGUACAUCCAGAUCAGCCAGGCGGAGCUGUACACGAGUCGCGUGGAAGCAGUGCGCUCCGCUCACAACGCAGCGAUCCGAGGUUUUCUACGGUACGGCUGGAGAUGGAGCUGGAGAGUUUCUGUUAUAGUCACUUUGUUCAGCUCCGUCAGCACCGGCCUGUCUGUGUACAGAAACAAAGACGCUGUCAGUAAUUACGUUGCAGCUGGAGCUGUCACGGUCGGCCUCUUCAGGCUGAACCUGGGCCUGAGAGGCCUGCUGGCUGGGAGCGUCAUCGGAGCCGUGCUGGGGAUUCCUGCAGGUGCCAUGAUCAUCGGUUUGCAGUCUCUGACAGGAGAAACCUUUAGAGAGCGGAGACGGCGAGAACGACGAGAGCUUUACGAACUCAAACUCGCAGAAUGGUCGGCCCGCCUGCAGCUGACCGAUGAGCUGAUCGACAGUUUGAACGUCAACGUUCGUCCAGAAGAAACCAAUAGGGACCAGGAGAAGAUCGAGGAGCUGCUCGGUUUACCUCGCAACGACGACAAAGACUCAAGCAGCCAAUCACAGUAGCCGAAUCACUUCCUGGUAUUUUCCACUCUUUAAACGUCGGACAUGUUCUCAGUGAAGCGGUCAAAGGUUCCCUGGACUCUGGAUUUGAAGAAUCAACAUGGAAAACUUUCUGUCCAAUGUAAAAAAAGAACAUUAUGGUUUAAAAAUCCUUUACAUCCACUGGUGUAAUUAAUCAUAGGAACUAAGAAACAUCCAACAAAAUUUCAAAGUAAAUGAAUAUAUUUACUCUUCCAUCUUAAUAAAUUAUUUUCAAUACUGUGA